GAACCACAACCAAACCCACAAGGAACCACAAUCUCUCAAGCCAAAGCAACCCUUGAGAGAGGCGAUGAGAAUCUAACUAAAGUUUCCUUCUGCACUCAACAAGAAGGCCUCAGCUUUUCUUCUUCUGCUGCUGCAAGAUCUGCAUAUUUCCAGUCUUUUGGGCUACCACAGUAA